AUGGGUUUUCGUUUACUGGGUGUCAGAAAGGCAUCUUUUGCUGCAAACCAAAUAGCUUCAAAAUCUGUAGAAGUACCAAAGGGCUAUCUUGCAGUGUAUGUUGGAGAGAACGUGAAGCGGUUCGUGAUCCCCAUAUCAUACUUGAACCAACCUUCAUUCCAAGACUUGUUGAGUCAAGCUGAGGAAGAAUUUGAAUAUGAUCAUCCCAUGGGUGGUCUCACAAUUCCUUUUCAAAUAUUUCUUUCUAACACAAGCCCUUGCUUUCGUUUUAUUUUUCUUGGUGUGUUGCAACUCAAAACAAUGGGCUUCCACUUACCUGGUAUUAGAAGGGCAUCUUUAACCAAAGCAGCUUCCAAGGCUGUGGAAGUACCUAAAGGCUAUCUUGCAGUCUAUGUUGGGGAGAAAAUGAAGCGGUUUGUUAUUCCUAUUUCAUAUUUGAAUCAACCUUUAUUUCAAGAAUUACUAAGCCAAGUUGAAGAAGAAUUUGGAUAUGAUCAUCCGAUGGGAGGUCUCACAAUUCCUUGCAUUGAAGAAACUUUCUUAGACCUCACUUCUCGUUUGAAUGUGCUAUAG